AACACAUCUCGACUUGAUUUCAAUUUGUUAUUUCGUGAUUCAAUCAACAUUCUAUUAUCGGAUCGAUCAAAAGUUUUCACACACCAUUCAGAAUUUAACAGGAUUAGAUGAUUGGAUAAUAUGGAUAUCUCAAGUCAAAUCUAUAUAAACUGAAACUAAAUCAGUUCGAGUCUCAGUAUCAAAAUUAAAAUGCUACCUAUAAAAUUCUUUGUGUUCCUUGUGCUUUCGAUCAUCCAUAACUCGUGCGGCCUACUAGAUUAUCCUAACUAUGAUAGUCUCCUAAGAAAUAUCCGUUCGGGUGUAGAUACAUCCAAGCAGUUGAUUUCUUUCACGGAUUUGAAUGUCAAGGAAUCAUCAGAUGACGCAAAAACUUAUAAUAAUAACCCUAUGAACCCUUUUUUUAUAACGCUUAGUGUACCCGUACUAAAAACGCUUGCUAAAAAAAACUUCUUUAGAAUUUGUUUAUUAUUGCUCAAAAUACCAUAUGCAUAAAAAUGAAAAAAGUGAAAAUGCAACUUAGUGCAGAUCUAUUGAGAAUAUUGUAUUUUUUUAAAAAAAACAUUUUGUACAAUUUUUUUUAG